CCCCCAUGACGUCUGUGAAGGCCUUGGCUGCGAUUGGGCGAGAGGAGGGCGGGGGCGGCGCCUGGCCGUGCCCCGCCCCCAGCCCCAGCUGGCGGAGCCGCGGCUGCUGCUGCCCGGCCGCUGUGUCCGGGCCCCGGCGGCGGCCAUGGGGGCGGCGGGGCCGGGCCGCUGCGGGCGGGACCCGUGCGGGGCGCUCUGCCUGGUGCUCACCUACCUGAGCGUGGGCUACGCCGACUACGUCAUCCUCACCCACAUCCUGCUGCAGCCGGGCUUCCGGGGCAGCCUCUGGUGUCCCUUCCAUGCCGUGAUGUUUAACCUCAUUGUCCUUCUGUUGCUGGCCUGUCACACACGAGCAGUCUUUGCUGAUCCAGGCAUGGUCCCGCUGCCCGAUACCGCCAUCGACUUCUCUGACCUGCGCAGCAACACGCCCCACAAGAGCGAGCGGAGCAAUGAGGACUGGACGGUGUGUAACCGCUGUGAGACGUACCGCCCGCCGAGGGCGCACCACUGCCGCAUCUGCCACCGCUGCGUCCGCCGCAUGGAUCACCACUGCCCCUGGAUCAACAACUGCGUUGGCGAGUUAAACCAGAAAUACUUCAUCCAGUUCCUCUUCUACACUGGGCUGGCUAGUCUCUAUGCCAUGGGGCUGGUGUUAACCACAUGGCUGUGGCCGGUCGACAGGAGCUUCCCCGGGAAGAUGGAAGGUGUGGCCGGAGGCGUCUCUAACAACCACGUCCAGAUGGCUCACUGCAUCGUCCUGCUGGUGGAGUCCAUCCUCUUCGGGGUCUUCGUCACCGUCAUCUUCUAUGACCAGGUGGUCUCUAUCAUCACGGACGAGACGCCGAUCGAGCAGCUGCGGAACCGGCUGCUGAAGGAGGCGCGCCGGGAGGUGGCACACACCCGGAAGCCGAAGAUCGCGCUGCUGCGGGAGGUGUUUGGACGGGGCUUUGUGAUGUGCUGGUUUUUCCCAUGUAACUGCAGCCCCCCAUCAGGCGGGGCCCCUGCCUACAGCUACCUGCCCAACUACGAUGUGUGACCUCCGUGGCACCUCUGCAGACGCUGCCUCUCCCGCCUCGGGGAGGGGACUUGUGCUGCCAGUGGCUUUGCAGAACUUGCCACCAAACGGCUCAUUUGGG